AUGCUUCCUGCAGUUCCAGCCAAGGCUGUUCAGCUUUCCUGUUGUGGUUGUAAGAAAGUUCUUCAGAAGGGACAGACAGCUUUUCAGAGGAAAGGAGCCCCUGAUCUUUUCUGCUCACAGCAAUGCAUAGGUAACCACGCAUCACCUGCCGUCUCAGUACUUCCUCUCAAGAGGACAUGCUUAAACUGCUCAAGAGACAUUUUAAAUCUGAAGGAUAUGAAGAGUGUCCCAUUGGAGGAUAGUAGCUAUAACAAAAACUUUUGUAGCCAAUCUUGUCUUUCAUCAUAUGAAGAAAAAAGAAAGCCAUGUGUUCCCGUAUGUUCUGAUAGCACUUUCUAUAAGUGCAGCGUGUGUCAGAAGACAUCUGCUAAACCACCAAGAAUACUUAGAUCUUUUCCUUGUGAAUCACUGAAACUGUCAGAUGAGAUGGCUGUGAUUACUAAUGACUUGGGAAACACAGAGGUUUUCUGCUCUGUUUGUUUUUCUUCAUACAACAGAGCUGUGAUGGAGUCUUCUCCAGUUAAUGUUUCCGUGGUGCACAGUGCUCCAAAAGAGAAUCUUUGUCCAAAAAAAUAUCCAAUUCCUGUUAUAAGCAAUAUAAUGUCAUUAGUACACGAUCAAGUUGGCCUGCUUGUGAACACUGAUCCUUUACAAGGCACACUUCCUUCUGUACCUACAAAUGUCAUUAUUCACAGCUCACCCAGUGACCCCAGUAGUGGUGUUGGUAACCGUGUGGGACAGCCAGACCUCCUCCCGUCUUCAUCAAUGGUCUUUGAGGGCACAGCUGGUCCCAGUGCAGAAGUACAGAGCAACAGUGAAUCAAACCGGAGUCCUAUGUAUAACAUGGGAUCUAUGAAAGUAAAUGACAGACGAUGUUAUUCGAAGUCUACAUCUACAGAACAAAACUUUAAAAAGGAGCCACAAGACACUAGAAAAUCUUGGCACCCAGGUUUUCAGCGUGUGAACACCAAUAUUAAGAAUGAAGUUGCUUUCUGCUACUCUUGCCACUUGUUCUACCAGAAAAGUUUUAGCUGCCACAGAGACUCUUUUGCAACCCAAGGAACUACUGACUGGAAGAAAAUGCUGGAAACAUUCAGAAAGCAUGAAGAAAGUGAAGUGCAUUUAAAGUCACUGCAGUUUUGGAAGCAAUACCAGUUUCUCCAUGAAGUUCCACGUGAAGAUUUGCCGGGUUAUUCAAAGCAUAGUGAGCGAAAUAAAAGGUACCUAAAGUUCAUCAUUGAAAAUAUUUUAUUUCUUGGAAAACAAUGCUUGCUUUUAAAAGGAAAUGACGAGUCCAUUUCCUCUGUUAAUAAAGGCAAUUUUUUGGAAUUACUGGAAAUUAGAGCAAGAGAUAAAGGAGAAGUGUUUCAGCUCAUGAGUUCACACGUUGACUUCUAUAGCAGUAAACAGGUCCAGGGAGAGAUUAUUGAAAUAAUACAGGCUGAAAUGUUACAAGACAUUGUGAGUGAGAUCAAAGCCUCCUCAGCUUUUUCAAUAAUAUGUGAGGAGAUAACUGGUAGUGCGACCAAGCGACAACUUUCAGUGUGUGUGAGGUACCCACAAAAAACACCAAGUGCUGUCUUCGUUAAAGAAAGGUUUCUGGGGUUUGUUACUGUUGAGGAGAUGACUGGGGUCCAUGUGUACAGGCAAAUCAAAGCUUACCUCCAGCAGAUUGGAGUGGAUUUUAAUAAAAUAUGCGGCCAAGCCUAUGACAGUGCCACAAAUUUGAGGAUAAAGUUUAAUGAAGUUGUAACAGAGCUCAAGAAGGAAGAGCCACGAGCUUUGUACGUACACUGCUAUGCACACUCUUUUGAGUUAGCAGUGAUCAGUUUUUGUAAAGAAGUAAAAGAACUCCGAAACACACUGACUACUCUCGGGUCUUUGUUCAACGCUGUCCGUGUGUCUGGAGAAAUGUUGGCAAGUUUGCAGACCAUGUGUAAGCUGAGUCAAAAUAAAACUUGUAAAAAACACACCUCCCAGUCAUGUUGGACAGCCCAUGACCAUCUGUUGCUGUCUGUGAUGGAGUGCCUUCCUGAGAUUGUCGAAGAGCUGGAGUCCGCGGCUCGCCAGUCCUCAGGCACAGCUGUGGCCAAUGAACUCAGUGACUUGGUGGUGGUGGUUACCAAGUUCGAAUUCAUAUUUUGUUUGAAAUGUCUUUACCGAGUACUCAGUAUUACAGGGAUUCUUUCAAGAGAGUUUGAAAGUGAAACUGUAGACAUCUUUUCUUUGUUUUCAAAAAUAGAAGCAAUUUUGGAAUGUUUAUCUUCUGAAAAGAAUGAUACGUAUUUCAGAACUAUCUGGGAUGGAGCAGACGAAACAUGUAAAAAAAUAGCCAGCAAGGGUUUUGAGGUUGAAAAACCCUUUUUCCAAAAAAGAAGAAAAAUUCAGGAAACAGUAGAUCCUGGCAACUCAGAGCGUAUGUUUUUUCUUACUUCAGCAGAUGAAUAUUACAAAAUUAAUAUUUAUUACCAAGCUUUGGAUACUAUAUUAAAAAAUUUAAAGUUAUAUUUUUCAGAGUUUGACUAUUGCAAAAUGAAACAAAUUUCAGAGCUGUUAUUGAAGUGGAAUGAACCAUUAAAUGAAGCAACAGCCAAACACAUCCAGGGAUUCUAUAAGCUUGACGCAGACAUCAUCCCAGAGCUCAGGUUUUACCGGCAGUAUGCAAGUCUCAACUUUGUCACAGAGUGUGGCUCCAUAAGCCUCACUGACCUUGGCUGUCUGUUCAUUCAACAUGGUCUCCACAAUAACAUUCCCUGUAUCUCAAAACUGUUACAUAUCGCUUUAUCAUGGCCAAUUACUUCAGCAAGUUGUGAGAAGUCAUUUUCAGCACUGCCUCAUCUUCGAACAUACUUACUUCGUACCAUGGGACAAGAGAAACUUAGUAGCCUGGCUCUGAUGGCUGUUGAGCAAGAACUGGUAAAUAAAUUGAUGGAGCCUGAAAGACUCAGUGGGCUUGUGGAAAAAUUUAUAAGUCAAAUGAAAGAUACAUAAGACUUGCAACUUUGCCAUUAAUUAAAAGAAUUCUGCAGUUUUAUUGAAAUCCUAGUUAAGCUUUGUUUCUCUGUUGUUCUUUUGAGAUAGGGUCUUACUAUGUAGCCUAAGCUAGUGUUUGAGUUUGUAAGCUCUAGUGACCCGCCCUCUUACCUAAUUUUUGUCUAUUAAAGUAUUUCAGUUGACAUUGUGUUAGGCAAAUGUACAUGUAACACACUUAAUGAGCAACUACUACAUACCCGGUAGCGAUCCAGCAAAGAAUUAGAGGACUCUGGAGUCCAAAGGAAUGUAGUUUUCUAAUGUAGAAAUCCAGUAAGAAGUCAGACAUGGCGGGGCAUGGUGGCGUACACCUUUAAUCCCAACACUUGGGAGGCAGAGUCAGGCAGAUCAUUAUGAGUUCAAGGCCAGCCUGGUCUACAAAGAGAGUCCAGGACAGUCAAGGCUACACAGAGAAACCCUGUCUAGAAACAAACGAACAAAAAGACCCUGGUACCAGCACAGAGACACUGAGUGGCCGUGAGUUUAAGGUUCGAAAUACAGAGUGCGUGGAC